AUGCAAUCCAAGGCACACUUAUUACUGGAAAGAGAAUAUGCUAAACUUCAAGAAACUAGACUUUUUGGCAUUACUGUGUCCCCCGUCAAAGACGAUCUGUUAGAAUGGGUGGCCACAGUUCAGGGAUUGAAGGAUUCACUCUGGGAAGGUGCUGUCCUUCAGGUUUCUCUGAAGUAUACAGAAGAUUACAACUCAAUCCCUCCAACUGUUACUUUCAAUACAAUUCCAUUUCAUCCCAAUGUGGACUCAGUCACAGGCAGGCCAUGUAUAGACUUUCUUGAUAAUCCCAGGAAAUGGGAAGAAGAUUUUUCCUUGACAACCAUCCUGCUUACCAUUCAGGUGAUGUUGUCCAAUCCCGUGCUGGAAAAUGCAGUCAAUGUGGACGCUGCGGAGAUGCUGAGGGAAAACCCAGCGUGUUAUCGAGAAAUGAUUUUGGAAUGUGUCAGAACCAGCAGGCAGCUGAAUGAAACUGGAAUUAAGUUAGAAGUUGAGAGUUUUCCUGUGACCCGUUUUGAAGACCACAUUUCCACACUACCUUGCGGGAAGCCACUAACAAUAAAAAGGAUUGCUUUUGAUGACUAUCAUAAGACCUGGUGCGAAAUCGCCACAACAAAAGCAACUGAGAGCCGCAAAGAUCCAAUGCCAGUGCCCUAUCCUCAUCUCAAAGCAUUGUAUGAUGGACUGAAAAAGGAGGAUUUACGGGAAGAGAUUGAAGAACAGAAUAAAGAGUUCAAUUACAUAAUGUAUGGAGCAUUUAAGAAAGGAAGGAACGCUCGAGUGACAUUGGACGAAAAACUUGCACGAAUCAACCGCAUGAAAAAUUGCUACAUUAUGGAUAAACCCUUAGAAGCUUCAACUUCAGUAACCCAGGAUCUGCCACCAAGAACCAAGUCAGUGCAACCCAACAGCAAUACACAAGAUGAGGAAAUGUGGGACAAGGAAGUGGACAGUUUAGUUGGUUGGACAGCUCAGCUCAAUUUAGAUGAGCUGGAAGGUGAUUAA